AUGCGCAGCGAUACACUUCACCGACACGAGCUAAGCCAUCAUACUGCGGGAGGUCAAGGCGGCAAAGACCGAGCCCAUCGCAUCACCGUGAAGACAUUCCGCGCUUGCUAUGGCUGUGCCACGGCGAGAGUACGCUGCAGUGGUGGAACUCCAUGUGGGCGCUGUGACACCCGUUCGCUUGAAUGCCAAUAUCCUACGGAGAGACGAUCGAAAGGCAAAAUUCGAAUGGGCGCCUCUAAAGAAUUUUCUGGGACAGAAAUGCACGAAAACGGAGUCCAGACCCCUGUAUCAUCUUCAAACCAAGCCAACGGCGAUGACGAAGAGCCCAUACUAAUUGAACAUUCACCAUCCAAGCAAAUGGGCAGAGUGUCAAAGAAUGAAACUAAUGGAAUAAGUUCACCGAAAGGAAGACAUGAAUGUUCAAGUCGAGCGGAAACUCUCACAGAGAGUACUUCGUCGAAUGGAAGGGCCUCCAUCAUGGGCGCUUCCAACUUUUCGCUAUAUUUGGCCUCACAUUCAGUACCUCCGGAGCGGUUACCGUUGGAAACAUAUUCGGGAGAAAUCCAACAGUCACACAAUGAAAUGACAACUUCUCAUAUGCCGAAAAUGUUCUCAGUCGAUCCAACUCCUGGUCUCGGCCCCAACAUGAGGAAUCUUCAGCCAGACAUGAUGGGUGCGGAGGUGGAUAUGGAAAUGGACAUGAGCGGCAGCGGGGAGAUCAACCUGGAGUUUGACCCUUCUUUAUUCGAUCAGUCUAUGCUUUCCACCAUCAAUUGGCUACCCAAUGAAUUCUUCACAAAUGCAUCUCAUGAAUCACCCCAGCUAUCUGGGGUUCCUUUCGCAGCAACCUCAACCUACAGUUUCAGAUUCAUGUGCAACCCGCAUGCCAUGGCAUCCGCCCUGAGUCCUUCGAUGGCGGAGAAUCUCCCUCAUACCCCCUCUGAGCGUAUUUCACUGGGAACAGACAUGAGAAGCCCCCGCCAGUAUUCGCAUGUCGGCAGCGAGGUAUCUCCGCAUUCCGAGUCAGUGGAUUCCGCUAAGAGAUCAUCCGAUUAUUAUGUCGAUGGUGGUGGUGCUCGUCUUCCAAGAUACAGGAAAAAGCAAGCCUCAUGGUCCGCGCCUGCAGCUGAUGCAGCUGGUUUAGCUGGGCGAUCAGCCGCGAGAGACGACAUACGACGGCACGAAUUCCCAGGCAAUCAUGCGAUCAAUCUCGAUAGGAUUUCAGAAGCGGCCCGUUCAGUGCGGCCGAUCGAUACAAACACCCAUCAUGAGCUAUACCGCAACUUCCUACGACUUUGUCGUACCGACAAUCCAUUCUUCGAGAUGUUUGAAACUGACAAUUUUCCCACCGAGGAAGAGUGCAGUCAUUAUCUGGCAUGCUACUUUGAUGUAUUACACGACGUUUACCCCAUAGUGCAUCUCCCCACUUUCGACCCAAAUCGAUGUCAUUGGCUGUUGGUAUUAGCCAUUGUGGCAAUCGGUUCUCAUACUUCAGAUACUCAAGAGAAAGACCAGUGUAGAGAUGCCUUUCAUGAGAUGAUACGACGGGCUAUAUACACUGAGAAAGAAAAGGCUCCGAAUGGCCCAUUCCUACUUGAUUUUAUGCAAGCCAUAUUGCUCAAUUGCAUCGGGCUUCUUCACAGUGGCAACGAGCAAGAUAAGCUGUCGGCUUUGACCUUGUUUAAAGGUCUGGUGACAUUUGCAAACUAUGAGAAGUUGCUUCGCCCAUCGCAUACGGAAAUCACCCGAGUUUCAAAGGAAGCCACAUGGGUGAAGUGGGCGCAAGAAGAAGCUCGGCGACGAACUGGCUACUGUAUUUGGCUCCUGGACUGUACACUUGCAUAUUCUUUCGAAGACCGACCGCUUUUGUCCCUUGAUGACGGGCAAGCUGCGCUGCCUGCUCAUGAGAAACUUUGGCAGACUGGCUCUGCCGAAGAGUGGAAGCAGUUAUGGGAUAAUUCAAGCGUAAACGAGUCAUUAUAUGAUACAGUGCACAUCUUAUACAUAGAAAAGAGGCUUGUCUCCGGGAUCGGAGAAUUCAGCCACAUCCUACUCAUUCACGCCCUGUAUCACCGUAUGUGGGAAGUUGGCGAUUACUUUCGCCGACCAUUAUCCUUUUGGAAUCCAACUGCCAAAAAGCAAUCUCGGGAGACCGCAAUUCCGACCGGUUCGGUAUGGCUACCAGGGAUCCCCUCCUACUCCAAGUGGCGCAACAGCGCAUGUGAUUGCCUGGACAUACUGCAUUGGACCGCGAAUAGCACUAUCGCUAAAGCUGCUGGAAUGGAACACCCUACUGUGCUUCACCUACAUGUAGCAAGACUGGUACUCCUCACGCCAUUUCGUGAAAUUCGCUCACUUGCAACCUCCGUGGCAACAGACCAGAUGCAGUGGAGCAAGCGUCACCAGGCAAUCGAAUGGCAGUAUAUCUGGCGUUGGGUCAAGCAUGACCAAUACAAGGCCCGACUUUCAAUCAUUCACGCUGGUGUCACUCUCUGGCAUGUUCGGCGAUACUCCACGAAUGCAUUUCACGAACCGGUGGCGGCAUUUCUUGCCGUGUUAACACUAUGGGCGUACGGUUCAUGCCACGCCCCUAGAACCCAUGACUCCAGCCCGAAUAUGCAUAUGUCUGGCAGAGAGCCCCUGCAAGAGCCGAGUUUUAUUCACUUGGACAGGCCAUGCGACGAUGAGCUGGUGCAGCUUUUCGUACGAGAAGGUCACUCCAUGCGGGGCAACAUAACUGGGGUUGGAGAUAUCUGUGGCCCCGAGGGACCGGAGAAGAUUCUACGCGUCGGCUGCGAGACGCUGUGUAGCUUGACUGCGUGGGGCAUCUCGAAGCGAUUUGUUGCGAUACUCACGCGUCUGGCUGACGUGAUGGCGCAGCGUCGGGGCGCUGAGCAUAUUCGCAACGCAAGUGUGGGUUCUUGA